CACACUGACAUCAUUGACAGUUUUAUACAACUUCUGCCAACAUCUUUGGAUGUGUGCUUCUUAAAUCAAAGAAGUGAGAGCCGUAAACGUGUUUAAAAGAGCAAAAUACGUGGAUCCAGAAAACAGAGUCGCUUAGAGAAAAACACUGUGUAAGAGGCAGGAAACAACGGCAAAAAUGACAGCACCAUGAAGACAGCUAUUGACAUUCCUUGCAAUUAGUUUAACUUCAUUAUCGGUGAAUAGUUAUAUAUUAUAGUUUAACUAAAAAGCGUUCGAUAGCCAUCCAGAUGGAUAAAAAGAAGCUCAGCUUGUCUGUUAAAAACUCCAUUAUGAUGGAGGACCUAAAAUUCAAAUUUUUAGGCCUUCUCAACAAACAGAAUCAACCAAAAAUACCAUCUAUGGGUCUUCAUCCGGAUUUAUUAAAUCCUCUCAGUUCAAGUGAAUCGCAUAACCAUGAAGAUCGUUAUUCCGAAGCUGGACAAUCAACUGAAAGUGAAGCAGUUCCCGACCAAGAAAUAUUAGAAUCAAUCGAACAAAUUUAUUACGAAGCCGAUAGUGAUUUCGACCCUUGUAGGUACGAGCUUGAAAAGCUUCCAAAAGAAUUAAACUCCAAGGAUAUAGAACGUUAUUAUAAAAAAUUGAAGCAGCAACACCAGGUAGUUUCCAAAAAGGUGCUUCAGUUGAUUCUCCAGAAACAAAGUGACUGUAAAGAAGAGUUUGAAAGAAUUUUAUUAGUACAAGAGCAGCUUCAAGACACUUUAGCUAUUUGCAGAGUUGGAAGAGCAGAUUUGAAUUUAGCCAGGAAGCAAUUUACGACAGCUAGUCUAGGAAUUCUCGCCCACUAUCGAAAAAGACAGAUAAUCGAGGACUUACUCAGCAGUUUAAAUACUAUUAAGACUCUCCAACGGACGGAGGACCGUCUACAGGAACUUUUGAAUGAAGAAAACUAUCCGGGGGCAAUUUCCUUGCUGUUAGAAUGUCAAAAUGCUGCGCAAACUUUUAAACAUUUCCAUUGUGUGGCAGCUUUGAAUGGAAAACUCCAGGACACUUUAGAGCAAGUUGAAGAAACCUUAGACGUUACUCUAGCAAAAAUGUGCACGCAAUUUGAUGUGACGACCUACUCUUCCGUUCAGGAAGCCUACAAUCUUCUGGGAAAAUCUCAAACAGCAAUGGAUCAACUCCAUAUGCACUUUACGGCAGCGAUUCAUAAUACGGCAUUUACGGCUGUUCAUUCAUUCGCUGGUGGAGAUAUGAAAAGACAGUAUAAACAGUUAUGUCUCUCGACAUCACAGGAAAAUUUCAUUCCUUGCUUGACGGAACUUUGUAAAUCCAUGUGGGCGAUUCUCAGUUCUUAUUAUUUGAUAGUUAAGUGGCAUGGCUCGCGUGAAAAUCAGGCGAAGCAGGACACUUUAGAGAAUAAGGAUUUAGAAGCGGAUUUUAAUCAGCAGUACGUUAAGCAAAAGCUGGAAAAUGGAGUUAUUAGAAUUUGGCAUGAUGUCGAGACGAAAAUCUCUACUUUUAUGGGGACGGAUUUGUCGAAUUUUAAGUUUGAGCAGUUUGUGCAGGUCUUGGGAAUCAUUAAUAGACUGAUGAAAGUUGGCGAAGAAUUAUGCGCUAGUAAGUCUGAGAAUUUGCAGGAGUGCAUCAGGAAGCAAUGCUUGUCCUAUUUUUCGAAUUACCACAUAUCAAGGUUAGACGAGUUGCGGAUAUUUCUGGAGAACGAUGGUUGGGAGCUUUGUCCCGUGAAACCGACAUUCGUUGCGACACAGCUUCAAGAAUUCAAAAGCUUGAAACCUAUUCUAAACAGCUUUAAGAACUGGAAUGCUUCCGAGAGUUCAAGCUUGUCUGAAAAUGAAAAUUGCGUGACUAAUGGAUGGUUACAGAGGUGCUUAGACGGAGGAACUUCGCCUUUUGAUGUUGGCUUGGACGAGACAAUGGAUGAAGAUAUUCUAGCUAAUACUGGGGACGAUAUAUCAGGAUACUUUUCGGACGAUUCCGAUGAAGAUAUUCCUGAAGAACUGCGACACGAUUACGUAGACGAAUCGGAUCACGCAAAAGUGAUUAAGAAAAAACACAAAAUAAAACACAGUGGCCCGAUCGUCACCAAUACAACCUUAAGUGUCCUCAGAGUCUGUGGAAAAUAUUUGCAAAUGAUAAGACUCCUGAAAUCCAUCGCUGUGACGGUUAUCCAAAGUAUGAUCCAGUUCUUCGAGCUCUACUUUUACACCGUACACUUAUUUUUCACCUCAGACCUCGUAAUCACGAGUGACUCUCUCUAUAGUCCGAAAUUGAAGCUUGCCUUGGCCCGAAUGAAGGAAAAUCUCAUAAUUAAUGAAAGUGAUAUGGAGAAUCCGUCGAAUCGAACUCAUAAGAUUCAACAACCCCUAAUAUCUCCAAUCGUGAAUCUCACGCAACCAGACAAGCUUCACGGACUUACUGAACGAGCUGUGGCUGUGGAAUCUUUAAUUUUUUUAGGACAACAAUACGAGAGUUUUAAGCACUAUUUUGAGCAUCUGAUAGCGAAUAGUCCAGAGCGAAAUUAUCUGCACCAAUUUUACGUACAGACGAUUACUUCGGUGACGGAUUUAAGAAAGCCUGUUUAUAUGGCUGUGGUUUCGCAGGCUCUUGAUAUUGCUGGUGUUUUGAUUCUCAUGACUAAAGUGAAUUGGGAAGUCAGAGACGUCAUGUCUCAACAUAGUAGUUAUGUUGAUAAAAUUUUACAGGAAAUGCAAGUCUUACGUUUGCGACUUAACGAUACAGGGAAUAGAGUGCCUUUGCCUAAGGAAGUAGACAGUGCGAUUUGGGAAAAUGUGGCUCAUUUGGUGACGCGGACUUUAGUGGAAGGUUUUUCAAAUGCCAAAAAGUGUUCCAAUGGUGGAAGAGGUUUGAUGCAGCUUGAUUUUACUCAGUUGACAUCAAAGUUUGAAAGUUUCACUUCUCUGAGACCCAUGCCACAUAAGGAAUACGUCGAAUUGUAUAUUAAAGCCUUUUAUCUUACAGAAGAUAAACUAGAAGAAUGGGUGAAAGAACACAAAGAAUAUUCAACCAAGCAAUUGGUGGGACUCGUUUCCUGUACCUGUCAAAACAACAAGAAGACGCGACAGAGGUUAAUAGCGGUAGUGGAAGAUCAAAGACCAAACAGAUAGCAUCAGGCGAUCCGCUACAAAAUUCCCGAAGACGAAGUGGAAGGAAUCGAUCUCUUAAAAAGCGCCGGAAAUGGAAACACAGACUAUACAGUUCGAUCCUUAUCCUCUGGUUUUCAGUGAAUCUCAAAUGGAACUGAAUUGCCUUCCAAAACAUUCGUAGCAUGUACUUUGUACAUAUGAA